UCGUCUUCUUCUUCUUCAUCAUCACUCAUUAAGCGUAAACUACACUCCGAGACUGCAAAUCUCACUGUUCCCUUCUCUGAGUUUGAUAGAUAGAUGGGUUCCGUUUCUCUGAAAAUAGGGGAUGGAACUGCUAGAUUCAAAAGAGCAACCGUGUGUUCUUCCGCAGUUAACAUUCUCAUGAUCUUCUCUGUCAUCACCACCAAUCUCUUUGCCCUCUAUGCUUUCUCUUCUUCCCCGAAAGACCAUUCUCUUCACCCUUCCCACAAAAACUUCUCUCUCAUCUCCGAGCAGGUUACUCUCAUUCUCAGAGAGAUCGAUUUGUCUCAGAAGAAACUUGCCCAGAUAGAAAAAGAGCUUCUUGGCUACGAAAGCAUCGAUCUUUCCAGACCCAACAUUGCAACUGAACUCAAACUCUUUCUCCACCGUCACCAGCUCCCACUGGGCAAAGACUCCAAAACUGGAAUCACCGAAAUGGUGUCAUCCGUUGGCCAUUCAUGCGAGAAAUCUUCGGACUUGUUGUCUCAGUACAUGAGUUACAAGAUUUCUGGACCCUGCCCUGAUGAUUGGAGUGUGGCACAAAAGCUGAUUCUGCGAGGGUGUGAGCCUUUGCCUAGAAGGAGGUGUUUUGCUAAGUCUGUUUCUAAGGUUGGUCUUUAUUCUUUUCCCACUUCACUUUGGAAACCCGUUGGUAACAAAACUGUUAACUGGAGUGAUCUCGGUUGCAAGAGUUUUGAAUGUUUGAAUGGCAAGAGGUUGAGUAGAGAUUGCAUAGGUUGCUUUGAUUUGGUUAAUGGGUAUGAGAAUCAGAGAUUUUUCAAGUCUAGGAGUAAGAAUGAUUUUCUCGUUGAUGAUGUGUUGGCAUUGGGAAGUGGUGGGAUUAGGAUAGGACUUGAUGUUGGAGGUGGUUCUGGCUCCUUUGCAGCUACAAUGGCUGAAAGAAAUGUUACUGUUGUUACUAGCACUCUGAAUGUUGAUGCCCCAUUCAGUGAAUUCAUUGCUGCAAGAGGGCUUUUCCCUGUUUUCUUAAGCUUAGAUCAUAGAUUACCUUUCUAUGACAAUGUGUUUGAUUUGGUUCGUGCUGCGAGUAGCUUGGAUGUUGGAGGGAAGGCAGAGAAGUUGGAGUUUUUGAUGUUUGACAUUGAUCGUGUUUUGCGGGCUGGUGGUUUGUUUUGGCUGGACAACUUCUAUUGUGCCAAUGAAGAGAAGAAAAAGGCAUUGACUAGGUUGAUUGAACAGUUUGGAUACAAGAAGUUGAAAUGGGUUGUGGGAGAGAAGGUUGAUAGUCUUGGAUCAGCCAAAUCUCAAGUUGUUUUGUCUGCUGUUCUUCAGAAGCCUGUAAGGGUGUAA